ACCACAGAUCCAUCUUGAUUUAUUUUUUAUUUUUAUUUUUUUGCAAAGAAACAUUAGUGGGCCUGAAUUUCUUAGUUGGUGGGCUGGAUGAUAGUUAGUAAACAAGGAAACUACAAUUCAUUAGUCAAACGAGCCCUACAAAAUGUUGGUCAGGGUUCCUCAAAGCACUACAUUGCAUUGGCUGAUAGAGUUAUGGUCAUUGACCAGUUUGCAAUGGUCCAUGCAUUGGACUUCUAUUGCAAGACUCAGAUUCUUUCCUUGUAUAUAUAUUUUAAAUCUUGGGGAGGGAUUAGCCUGAAGAAUCCACUGUUUUCUUUUUUCAGCUUGUUUUGUUUACUGAAAUGAUCCUCUGCAUUUCUUAAAGCAGGUGAAGGAUUGGGUGUUAUUGAGAAAAAAAAGGUGAUUCUGCAACAUACUGGAUCUAGAUCUGUUUGGUUCCCCAUUUGCAGUAAAUGGCAUCAGCUAGUGUGGUGCCUGCGACUGGAUUGAGAAGCACAAGUGGCAAUGCUAUCAGCAUGGAUAGGUUGCCUGAAGAAAUGAAUGAUAUGAAGAUCAAGGAUGACAAGGAAAUGGAAACUGUUGUGGUCAAUGGAAAUGGCACAGAGACGGGUCAUAUAAUCGUGACAACUAUUGGGGGUAGAAAUGGCCAACCAAAGCAGAUGUGUAUUUCAGAAACAGCAGAUCAUGAGAGUAUUAGCUUGUUGGAAGUACCUAGCUGGUGCAUGAAGGAAAUAUGACAUUAGAAGAUUUCCUCACUCCAACUGAGAUGAAAGAUGGACUCACAAACCUUUCUAGAGUCAAAGAGCGGUUGUUGUUAUGCAGAGGCAGAGAGAAAAUAUUACGAAGAAUGUAGUUAGACGGGCAUAGGUUUCUCAACCAAUGGAUCCAAGUGCAGUGGUGGCACAAGUGACAGUUCUAUGGAAGAAUCAAUUAGUGCAGUGCUAGGAGCACUUGAGAAGCUGCCUCUAGAUGAGAGCUUAACUACUUUAGGAAUUGUGGAAACUGUCAAACAUCUCCUUGGCAACAUGAGCUUGAAAGUCCAGGAGAGGGUAAGAACUUUGUUUGAUAGAUGGAUUUGUUUUUAUUUAUUUAUUUAUAUUGAAGACCAUUUUCAAUUUAUUGUAAUAAAUAUUAUAUUUUUUAAAAAUUG